AAACAAUCUAAUUAACCAAAAAUAUAUUAAUUCCAGGUGUAAUACUUGGAACAAACCGGAUAACAUAAUGUUAAUGUCGUAGAAUGAAUGCUUACAAUAUAAUGGUCCGGGAAAUGAAUGAACGUUUAAAAUCAGCAGCUAUCCUAGAUGAAAAACCUUGAAUUGCUUGCCGAAUUAGAUCUGUGCUCUCAGCCAGACACAAUUAAACCGUUUCCAUCAGACGUGUUUCCAGAUAGCGUCUAUUCUGGAAGCUUUCUCGUUGGUACCUAUUGCUAUGAUCAGAGGAAGGAUGAAAGAUGUGGUAGCUUAAUCUGUUUUAAUCCACGUAAUUAUAUUAAACAAAAAUUAUACCAUAGUACAAACAUCCAUGAGGUUCCUACCUUUCAUGAAUUUGGACUAGGACUUCCGGGGAUACUUAGUUGUUCGUGGGUUUGUCGAGAAAACAGUGCUGGUAUUUUAUGUUUGACAUCCGAUUUGAAAGUUGUUCAAUUUGACGCCAUAGAUGGUAAUCUUAAUUCCGAGUAUAAGUUUGAGAAGGUCUCUCAAAUAAACCUAGAUGAUGAAUCCUCCUCGGUCGGACUGUCAUUAACUCCAUCCGAUAUAUAUGGGAAGUACAUCUCAAUCACCUCAUCUAAUGGGUACGUGUAUAUUGUAAAAGAUGAUACUGUGAUAAAUCGGUGGAAAGCUCAUGAUCUUGAAGUAUGGACAAGUGUCUUCGAUCCUAACAACGUCAAUGUUAUCCUAACUGGGUCCGAUGAUUCAUACAUAAAACGGUUUGAUCUUAGGGAAAACAUCAAUAAUAUAACUAAAGUUUCAUGUCAUAGCUCUGGAGUUACGACACUGCAAUUUUCACCAAAUAAUCCAAAUUUGUUAUAUAGUGGAGGAUUCGACAAAAAUCUUUUUCAAUUCGACACUAGGAACUUUUCAACUCCCAUUAGUACCAUAAAAACUCUCACAUCUAUAUGGUAUAUUGACUUUGUGAAGUAUCACAAAACUUCACAACUGCAUAUUGCAGGAUGUUACGAUGGCGCCGUUACCUAUAACUUGGUAGAUGAUGAAAUUGAUAUUGGGUCAUCAAUGCAUUAUAACACUGGCAACUCACUGUUUUACUAUAAAAUGAACUCUUUAGGACCUGCAAUAAACUUAUCCUAA